AGCGGAAGGUAGAGGACGUCUUCCAUUGGCUGGGUCCACAUUGCAGUGUACGGUGAGGACUGUUGCAGCAGAGCUGCCGCAGGGAAGCUAACAUCUGGGUACGGUUCGAAACUACAAGACCAUAAUGGAUGUAGCAGAACAGAUCAGUCAGCUAGAAGCAGACUUGCAGGAGUUGAGCUCCCUUUUGGAGAAGGCGGAGAGGAAAAGGGUACAGGAGCUGUUAAAGCAGGAACAGAAGAAGGUGGAGAAAGAACUCGCGAGCAAACGACAGCAGCAGGAGCAGCAGGCCAGGAGAGAGGCAGGCCCAUCUGCAGCGUCCAAGGCAGCGUACACGGUGAAGAUCACCAGCUACGCAUGGGACCAGUCCGAGAAGUUUGUGAAAAUCUACCUGGAUUUGAAAGAGGUGCACAAAAUUCCAGCAGAAAACGUAGAAGUGAACUUCACGGAAAGGUCUUUUUCAGUGUUGAUAAAGGACCUAAAUGGCAAAAACCAUCAGAUGACUGUUCUUAACCUGUUGCAUCCAAUUGACGACAAAGAAAGCUACAAAAAGGUAAAAACAGACAUGGUGUUGGUCAUGUUAAAAAAGCAGGCGACGAAGAAGUGGGAGUGCCUCACCUCAGUGGAGAAACGGUCAAAAGAGAAGGACAAACCCGCUAUGGAGGAGAACGCAGACCCCAGCGAGGGCCUCAUGACUAUGCUGAAGAAGAUCUACGACGAGGGAGAUGAUGAGAUGAAGAGGACUAUCAACAAAGCCUGGACAGAGUCGCAAGACAAGAAGAAAAAAGGGGAAGAUAUGAUGGACAUCUAAAAGUUCCCUUCUUUUUUUUUUGUUUUUUUAUCUACAAUGUGACCAAAUGAGAACUGUCAAAGUUCAGGUGUGCAUAACUCAAAUAUUUAAAGGUAGAUCCCGUAUCAUUGGAGAAUAUUGUAUGGUCAAUCUGUAAACUGAUUUUGGUUCUGUAUAAUUUUAGGUUCAUUAUGACCUGUAAUGAAUUGAUAAAUAUGAUAUAUAAUGAAAAGGGGUAAAAAAAAAAUGCCGUCCAGCAGAGGGCGCCCUUCACACCAUGAUCAUUAUUGCUUGUUUGACACUCAAGGAGUAAAUUGUAGGCGGUGGAGUCUGUUUCCUUUCUUCCAGAGGCGGAUCUGUUCUUAACUGUGCCAAAGUCACGCCUCAGUUUUCCUAUGUAAUCUAGAGGGACUAGAAUUUAAAUUUGCAUUCCAUAAAUAUCCAUAUAAGCAUAAUUCUGUUAUAUUUGCCUCUAGCGAAUCGAAUUGAAAACAAAUGCAAAAUCCCUCAAUUGGCUUUUUAUACCUUGUUCUUGUUGGACAGUUCUGUUUGUUUUUUUGUUUUUGUUUUUUACAUGUGUUCUUAUCAAGUUCACUUCCUCAAAAUAUAGUCAUUGUAAAAAAAUGGACUUACUUCUGGACUUUGUUGUAUGGUUUUGUUUUUCUGUCAUCAGACUGGUCCUAACAUUCAACAAAGAUAACACUUGAACCCA